AUGGUGGCCCUUCUUUACGCGUUGUUCUUGGGCAGCAGCGCGUGGCUAUGUGCUGCCCAUCCCGUCGCUGAGAAGCGUACGGUGACGGCGCUCGAUCAGGCUUCCUUCGAGGAAGCUCAACAGCGCGACAACACGGCCACGAGAGCCUUUUCGUCGAUUCCUAUCAAGACAUCGGAUGGACAAUGCCUCUUCGUCGACGAGCUGUCUGGAGAUUUCCGCGCCAACUUGACGCCGAUUCAAGUCGGGGCGUGCAACGGCAGCAUUGCACAGCAGUGGGACAUCAUCACCGCCGGGAAGCAUGACAAUCAACCGGGGAGUAUGCUGAUCGUCAGCGCAUUUACGCAAGCGUGCUUCAAUUUCGACCCCCGUCGUGCUGCCGGGAACCAGGUGCUUCUCUUUUCGUGCGGUGGACGUGCCGACGGCACUGGAGCUGUGACAAACUCCCAACUGUUUCCCUUCAAUGGAAGUGCCGGCCCUCUCGCCUUGACCCCUGAGAAUGCCCCUGGAGACUGUUUGACCGUUAGUGGAGGACUCAUCGACAUCGCGGCCUGCAACCCUGCUGAUCCCAAGCAAUCUUUCACUUUCGAUGAUGCUGGUGCUGGUGCUGUUAGCACUUCUGUUAGCACUACUGUCAGUGCUACUGUUACCACCGCUGUGGCAGUCGAAUCGCCAACCGUUGCGACUGACUGUGCACCCGUUUCGACCAUCAUUUCGACGCUACCUGCAUCAACCAUUACGCUGCCUGCGUCAACCGUCACCGUGACGGUCGUCUCAACCCCGGCGACGACAAUUUCAACAACAUCACCGCCACCACCUACCGUUGCAGCCAGUACAGCAUCAUCAGGCCCAACACCACCGACCUCGGCCUCAGCCUCAGCCUCAGCCUCCGUCAUCUCCGUCUCUCGCGCCGGCAACGUCCUCCAACCCUCCGCAGCGGCCGAAGCCAACCCGCGCGACGACACGGCCACGCGAGCCUUUUCCUCCGUCCCGAUCAAAUCAUCGUCGGGCCAGUGUCUCUUCAUCGACCCCACGGCGGGCGACUUCCGCGAGAACCUGAUCCCGAUCGUGCUGCAGCCGUGCGACGACGGCAGCCCCAACCAGAGCUUUGACGUCAUCACCGCGGGCGUGCACAACAACCAGCCCAAUUCGGCGUUGAUCGUGAGUACCCUGACGCAAGGGUGUUUGAACUUCGACCCCCGGAGGGACGCGGGAGAUACGGUGAUCAUGUUCAGUUGUGGGGGCAGGGCGGAUGGGAGUGGACAAGUCACCAACAGUCAGCUCUUCACCUUCACCGCCGGCGAGACCAGUUUGCGGCUUCAGCCCGAGAAUGGCGACGGGACCGUGUGUCUGGUAGAAAAUGCAGCGGGCAGGCUGGACCAGACGACGUGUAGUGACGACCCGAGCCAGGUGUUCACCAUCGGCUAG